AUGUUAGCCAUCAUCGGGGCUUCUGGCAAGCUCGGCGGCGCUACACUGAAAGCCCUCCUUACUCAUAACCUGCUCCCAAAAGAUCAGAUAGUAUGCUGCACCUCAUCUGAACCUGGCAGCGAUACAUGGUCCUCCCUGGAGCAGAAGGGUGUGCAGGUCCGUCACGCCUCAUUUGAUGACAAGGCUUCUCUCGAAAAGGCCCUUUCCGGAUGCGACAAGUUCUUCCUCGUCUCUACUCCAAAGAUCGAUAUGGACUACAAUGACGCUCCUCAUGGCGAGGGUCGCGAGAAGCAUCACUUUACUGCCAUUGAUGCUGCUCAAGCUGCGGGUGUGAAGCACAUCUAUUACAGCUCUCUGGCUUUCCAGAGCCCUUCCAAGUCUCGCGUCAUGCAGGCCCAUAUCCGUACCGAGGCCUAUCUUGCAAAGCUACAAAACAUCUACUACACUGUCCUGCGUGAAGGUCUAUACAAUGAGAGUUGGCCGCUGUAUGCAAGCUACUACGACCUCAAGAACGAUCAAAGAUCCGAAGUGCCUGUCGCCGGCGAUUCUCUUAUCAGCUGGACUGCCAUUUCUGAUCUUGGCCUCGCUAGUGCUCUGGUCAUUGCUGCACCCUCAUCCGAAUAUGCUGCCAAAACAUUUUACCUUUCGGCUACUCAAGGCGCAAGAACCAUCAACCAAGUCCUCGAAAAGGUCUCUGCAGUAAGAUCGAAGAAAGUUUCACCAAAGAUCGUCUCGCGGAAAGAGCUUGAGAGCUAUUACGUUCGAGACAUAAAACUCUCCGAGCCUGCUGCUAAAUGGUGGGCCGCAACCUAUGACGCUCUCAAAGACCAAGAAUGCCUGAUCAAUGACCCGACCUUGGAGGAGCUAUUGGCUACCAAGGGUCAGAAGCCGAAGCCUGUCGAAGAGACGAUAGAGGAGAUGCUUUGCGCUUGA